AUGAGCACGUUCAUCGUUGGAUUUAUUUGCUCUGUGAUUCUGGCGUUGAUCUUAAUAGCGUGGAUAGCGUAUUGCAUGUUCUGCAGAGAGCGACACAAGCCCGAGCACUACCAGUAUGAUAUAGACGACUUGCGGAUUAGAAAUGUCGAGAUUGCGCAAGAGCAGGGCGAAUGCGGCAAGAAGGAGAUUACCGCGGGUUUUUUCUACAUGCCAUCGCGUCACCACCAUGACGACGACUAUGUCAGCCGACCAGAUUAUCCGGAAAGUCCUGUUCCACACCUGCAGCCGAGUACCGAGAAACUUAUUGACAUACUAAACGACAGCCCAGCCGACGCGGACGUCCACAAAGGCGUCAGCUUUGAUCUGCCAUCAGAGCGCUACUGUAGCGAUGUG